GAUUGCGGCCUUGCAGCCCGGGGCCCCACCUCUUCCUUUUCGCCCCGGAAUCUGAGGCGGAACGCGCGCCACGGCGGGCUUCCUUAGGUUACCCCGAGCCCUGCCGGCCUUUUCCUCAGACUCGGCCAUGCCCGCGGUGCUGGGCUUCGAAGGCAGCGCCAACAAGAUCGGCGUGGGAGUGGUGCGGGAUGGCACUGUGCUGGCGAACCCGCGGCGGACUUAUGUCACUCCUCCUGGCACGGGAUUCCAACCAGGGGAUACUGCCAGGCACCACCGAGCGGUUAUCCUAGACCUGUUGGAGGAGGCCCUAACAGAGGCUGGAUUAACCUCCCAGGAUAUUGAUUGUGUUGCCUUCACCAAAGGUCCUGGCAUGGGUGCCCCACUGGCUUCUGUGGCUGUCGUUGCCCGUACUGUGGCCCAGCUAUGGAAUAAGCCGUUGGUGGCAGUGAACCACUGUAUAGGACACAUUGAGAUGGGCCGCCUCAUCACUGGAGCCACCAGCCCCACUGUGCUCUAUGUCAGCGGAGGAAAUACUCAGGUGAUUGCCUACUCAGAACAUCGCUACCGCAUCUUUGGGGAAACCAUCGAUAUUGCUGUGGGUAAUUGCCUGGACCGCUUUGCUCGAGUACUAAAGAUUUCCAAUGACCCAAGUCCAGGCUACAACAUUGAACAGAUGGCAAAGCGAGGCAAGAAGCUAGUGGAGCUGCCGUACACUGUAAAGGGGAUGGAUGUGUCCUUCUCGGGGAUCCUGUCUUUCAUUGAGGAGGCAGCCCAGCGCAUGCUGGGCACAGGCGAGUGUACUCCUGAGGACCUCUGUUUCUCUCUGCAGGAAACUGUGUUUGCAAUGCUGGUAGAGAUCACAGAGCGAGCCAUGGCGCACUGUGGAUCCCAAGAGGCCCUCAUCGUGGGAGGUGUGGGGUGUAAUAUAAGGCUUCAGGAGAUGAUGGAAACAAUGUGUCAGGAACGGGGAGCUCGGCUCUUUGCUACAGAUGAGAGAUUCUGCAUUGACAAUGGAGCCAUGAUAGCCCAGGCUGGCUGGGAGAUGUUCCAGGCUGGACACAGGACCCCACUUAGUGAUUCUGGGAUCACACAAAGGUAUCGGACGGAUGAAGUAGAAGUGACCUGGAGGGACUAACAAGAUUGACAUGACCGAUCAGAGUAGAUGGUUCUCUACGUAGGACCCAAGGGCCUUGAUUGCUACCUGGAUGUGGCAAUCCUAGACUCUUCUCUCCCUUCAUUCAAACACUGAGAUGACUCAGCAAUAAAGUAUUUGGGGGGGUUGUAGGUUGGUUGAGGACCAAUAUAGACUUGGCGCUGUGUACGUUCUCGUUGAUGGAGUGAAUGGGUAAGAAGACUGGUCAGAGCAGAGCGCUAGCUAAUUGCAAGGAAGCUUUGAAGGCCCAGGAGACAAGACUGAUGGGAAAUCAUAGGUAUUGCUCUGAUGCUGCAUUAAAAUAAAACCAACCAUACCCAAAGCCAUCAAGUCAAAUCUGCCUCAUAGUGACCUGUGAACACCAACUGUCCUAACAUCCUGGUCCCAGGACUUCACUCAGAAUAACCCGAAGCCAAGUCUGAAUUUUGUGUUAAUUUAUAAGCCAGGAGUAAAGCUAUCUGCUUCUGCACUCCAUA